UUGGGGAUGAGGAGAAGAUUUCUCAGGCUGAGAGAAGAACCAUGGAAAUCCUCUCCAUCCUGACUUUGUUCUUCAUCUUCCUGCUCACCCUCCUCUUCCUCUCCUCCCUGUGGAGACAACAGAAGAGAAGUCACGUCCUACCCCCGGGCCCAACCCCAGUCCCACUGCUGGGCACCCCCAACUAUUUAACCCGUGAUGGGAUUGUCAGGUAUUACCCCGAGUUUCACAAGAAAUACGGCAAAAUGUUCACCGUCUGGCAAAUGGCCGACCCCGUUGUGGUUCUCUGUGGUUACGAGACAGUGAAGGACGCUCUGAUCAACCACGCGGAGCAGUUCAGUGACCGCCCCGAGUAUCCAGUGAUAGACAGUUACACCAAAGGGUUCACAUUUGUUUCAGCCAAUGAUCACUGGCCCCAGUUUCGCCGGUACAUUCUGACCACCCUGAGGAACAUCGGGGUGGGGAAACAGACCCUGGAGGAGAAGUCGCAGAAGGAGGCGGAGCAGCUGGUCCAGGCCGUGUCUGAGAUGGGAGGAAAACCCUUCAACCCCUCCCACCUGUUGGGCUGCGCCGUGUCCAAUAUCAUUGGUGCGGUUCUGUUUGGGCAGCAGUUGGACUACAGGGACAAGAAACUCCUGGACCUCAUAACCAACAUAAGGAAACAUGUCAGCAAUGUCCUCUCCAUGAAGCAUCAGAUCUGCAAUAUGUUCCCCUUUCUGCUAAAGUUGCCCUACCUGGGGCAAAUAAUUAUGAAGAACAGCCUGUACCUAGUGGACUAUGUGAGAGAGCAGCUGGAUUUCCACAAGGAGACUCUGGAUAUCGCCGCCCCCCCGAGGGACUUCAUUGACCAUUUUCUGCUGAAGAUAAAGGAGGAGUCCAGGAAGGAAGGUACCAAGUUCCACGAGCUGAGUCUGACGAUGUAUAGUUCCGGGCUGCUCAUAGCCGGCGUCGACACCACCACUUCCACCCUCAAGUUCUGUGUAACCGUCAUUGCGCACUUGCCCCACAUUCAGGGUCAGUAAAUACAAGAACAGCAGAGGCAGGAAGUAGCGC